AUGGGCCCGCGGAGCCGCGAGCGUCGGGCGGGGGCAGUACAGAGCACUAACGACAGCAGCGCCCUCAGCAAGAGUUCCCUGGCCACGCACGGGUACGUGCACGACCCCUUUGCAGCGUUGCUCGUUCCAGGGACCGCACGCCGCGCGCCGCUUAUCCACCGCGGCUACUACGUCCGCGCACGCGCCGUGGGGCACUGCGUGCGCGCCUUCCUGGAACGGACGUGCGCGGCCCCCGGCGCGCCUCGGGCACAGAUAGUGUCGUUGGGAGCUGGCUCCGAUUCUCUGUAUUUUCGCCUGAAAAGUGAGGGCCGCCUGGCCGAGGCUGCAGUCUGGGAGGUAGACUUUCCGGACGUGGCCUGGCGCAAAGCGGAAAGGAUUCGAGAUACGCCGGAACUGUGCGCGUUAACUGGGCCUUUCCAGAACGGGGACCCCGCGUCAGCACUGUGCUUUGAGAGUUUGGACUACCGCCUCCUGGGCCUGGACCUGCGACAGCUCCCGCGAUUGGAUCAGGCCCUGGCCGCCGCGGGCCUCCACGCAGCCGCGCCCACUCUGCUCCUAGCAGAGGCAGUGCUGACCUACCUCGACCCGGACGAGGCCGCGGCCCUCAUCGCCUGGGCAGCCCAACGUUUUCCUGAUGCCCUUUUCGUGAUCUACGAGCAGAUGAGACCGCACGAUGCGUUUGGCCAGUUCAUGCAGCAGCAUUUUCGGCAGCUUAAUUCUCCCCUUCAUGGCCUGGACCGCUUUCCCGACGUGCAGGCCCAGCAGCAUCGCUUCCUUCAGGCUGGCUGGACUGCCUGCAGUGCCAUGGACAUGAAUAAAUUCUAUCGCUGCUUUCUCCCCCCAGAAGAAUGCCAGCGAGUGGAAAAUCUUGAACCUUUUGAUGAGUUUGAGGAGUGGCAUCUGAAGUGCGCCCACUAUUUCAUUUUGGCCGCUUCUAGAGGAGAUGCUCUCACCCAAACUCUGGUGUUUCCACCCUCAGAGGCGUUUCCUCGAGUAGAUCCUGAUUCUCCAUCAGGAGUCUUGCCUGCCAGUGUAGUCACCAGUGACAACCAGGGCCCAAACCUUAGGAGAUAUGGGCACGCUUCUGUCCUUUUGAGCCCAAGCAUUAUUCUUAGUGCAGGAGGAUUUGGAGAACAAGAGGGGCGGCAUUGCCGAGUGAGCAAGUUUCACUUGCUGUCAAGACAUUGUGACUUUGAAUGGAAAGGCAACCAAAUACGCAGUUGUGGGACUGGAGCCCAGUGGGAUGGACGCCUUUAUCACACCAUGACAAGACUUUCAGAUACUCAGGUUCUGGUUCUGGGAGGGAGACUGUCCCCAGUAACUCCAGCCUUGGGGAUUCUACAACUUGGUGUCUGUAAGAGUGAGGAUAAUAGCACUGGGGACCUAAAUGUAACAGUAACAAAGGCUGGCCCAGAAGAUUCCACGUUGUCAUGUUGGCGGCAUUCAACAACAGAAGUGUCCUGUAAGAAUCAGAAGUAUUUGUUUGUGUAUGGGGGUCGAAGUGUGGUGGAACCUGUUCUAAGUGACUGGCAUUUCCUACAUAUGGGGACAAUGGCCUGGGUCAGUAUCCCAGUGAAGGGGGAAGCACCUGAAGGUCGGCAUUCACAUAGUGCCUGCAGCUGGCAAGGGGGAGCCCUUAUUGCUGGAGGUCUUGGUGCUUCUGAGGAGCCACUGAGCUCUGUACUCUUUUUAAAACCAAUUUCUUGUGGAUUCCUGUGGGAAUCAAUAGUCAUCCAGCCCCCCAUUACUCCAAGGUAUUCACACACAGCUCAUGUGCUCAAUGGGAAGCUUCUACUGGUUGGUGGGGUUUGGAUUCAUUCCUCCUCAAUUCCUGGGGUGACUAUAAUUGAUUUGACUACAGGGUUGAGCUCUGAGUAUCAAAUUGACACAACAUGUGUGCCACGGCCAUUAAUGUUACACAAUCAUACCAGCAUCCUGCUUCCUGAAGAACAACAGCUCCUGCUCCUUGGAGGUGGUGGGAACUGCUUUUCUUUUGGCACCUACUUCAACCCCCAUGCAGUGACAUUAGACCUUUCUUCCUUAAGUGCUGGACAGUAGGACUGGACUUUUGGAAUAUUCAAGAAUCACUGAAGUACACAAUAAAGGUUUCCACAAACAGGAUUUGACUGUGGCUAUACAUACUACAACUCUUUCCUUCCCCAUCAUUUUCUUCUCUUUAGCACUACUAUCCAGUGCAGAAAAUUCAGAGAGAUGGUACAAAAAUAAAACAUAAGUAGGCCUGUCCAAAGAGAGUGACCAUACAGUCCUAGAAUAGGAAUUGGGGAGCCUUUGGAUCCCUAUGUGUCUAGUUGAUUGGUUUUCCUCAUCUAAGUUUAUCCAUUUAUUGAGUUACAAUGACCUUCAGCCUAAGUCAAGUGAAAAAUGUCCCACUCAGGCUUUGUGAUUUGAAAUGCUAUUUUGAAAAAGUUUAACACAGAUUCUUGGUAAAAAUACAAGGUUGAUACUCUGGUUUCAGAUUACAUAAAUCUUUUGCCUUUUCCUAAAGAUUUCCAUGGAGAAGUACAGAAAUGAGUUUUUACCCAAUUUUUGAGGCCUUGUUUUUAUGAUGCUACCUUAAAAAAAAUACAAGGUUGAAUGUCACCGAAGGGACAUGGUUUGAUUUCAUUCUUCAUGUAUAAAAUCGGAAGUGAACCCACUUACAGGUGGAUUAAAGCAUUGUGCCAUUUAGUGCAACAGAGAACUCUGGGAUAGCUUUUAAUAAGACAUUUGUAGGACUUUAUUGAAAAAUAUGCUUUUAAUUUUUUUUGCCACUUGUUCCAUUUUUUAAGAUUUAUUAAUACUAAUAAACCAGACAUUUUAUGCCUCAA